CAAUAUACUCAGUUGGCCUACAAUUCACAAGCAUGUCUACACCAUCUAAAGUCGCCGGCGGCUGUCUCUGCGGCGCCGUCAGAUAUGAAGUCAACUUCAAGCCUGACCACGACUUUAAAAGCAAUGCCUUCAUCUGCCUCUGCACCCAAUGCCGCAAGCAAUCCGGCGCCCUCGCCAUGCACUUCUUCAACGUGACCCUCCCCUCCUUCACGUGGAUCUCUCCCACCCCCUCCGCCCUCACCAACUACGAGAUCAUCCCCGGCAACCACCGGCACUUCUGCCGCACGUGCGGCUCUUUCAUCGCAUGGCAGGGUGACAGUAAUCUCUCGCCUGACGGGGAGGCGCAGCUGGAGGUCUGCGCGGGGACACUGGAUGAGGAGUUUUUGGUUGGGAGGAAGGAUGGGGAUGGGGAGGUGGUGGGGGGGACGGGGUUUGGAGAGGUGUUGUGUCAUCCCGAGGGAAAUAUUGGGUGGGCGCAGAAUGAGGUUGGGAAGGUGACGGCGGGGUUGUGUGGGACGAGGUAUAAGUAUGGGACUGAUGCUGGGAUUAAGUGUUAG